AUGUCGAAUUAUCGAGAGCUAUGGUGAAAGGAAGAAGUGAAUAAUGCUUAUCAACUUUUGAAGUAUUUUUCCUAUUCAUUUGCUAUUGUUUCAACAACUAUACGGCUUUUAAGUUGCUUUUUCUUAAAGACAAAUUUUAUCCAUGAUCAUUUGAUAUAUUUACUUGUCCAUGCUUUUGGCAUAUCUCUGAUUGAAUUUAAUGAAAAGAGGUACUCUGAUACAAAAGCUGUGGUCGUAAUAAUUGUUUCAGAAUUAUAUAGCACUGCUACCUUUAUAACAAAGGAACACUUUAUGGAUCAGCAAAACGUUUACUUGGCUUUUUCGAUUAUUUUUACAACAGUAUUAGAAAUGCCAAUGGUGAAAAACAAAAUAUUGUUCAAUAUAUUGCUCGCUAAGCAUUCUUAUUGUUGGAUUUUUCAUAAGAUGCUAUUCUUAAAUAAUGACUUUGCCUUAAACGCAAGCCAGUUUAAUCUCUUUAUAUCAAUUGUUGUCAUGUGUAAUUAUAGCAGUGACUAUAACCACAAAAUUUCUUAUGAGCGAUUUCUUUUCAGUAAAGAAGUUGAAAUUUCAAAAGACAGGCUGAAAUUUAUCACUCAAGCCCAUUCAGAUGGGAUAUUAAUUAUUUCAAACGAAAAUCAAGUUAAUUUUUUCAAUUCAAACAUCCUCAAUAUAAUGCUGUGCACUCCUGAUGAAAUUAUGCAUGAUUUAUGUAAAUAUGAAUAUUGCCCAGAUAAAAAGGUUUCCUCCUUUCAAACUUCUAAUUUUUUAAUUGAUGAUAUAAAACAUGCUUUUUGGUACUUGGAAGAUCCAGAAAUGACUCUUGGGGUUACUCUUGUGCAUAAUAUCAAUAUUGAGUGAAAAGUCCAAAAAAUUUUAUGAGAAAAUAAUUCUGCAUUGUUUGUGACUGCUAGGAAUAUUAACAAAAUAGUGGAGCUAGAAAAAUCAAUUGCUGAUGGCCAAAUGAAAACUAUACUCCUCAGGUCAGUUUCUCAUGAGCUCAGGACGCCACUCAAUUCUAUAAGCUUUUUUGCAAAUGAUUUAUUUGAUAAAGCUGAAAAAACUCUUAAAGAAUCUGAAUUACAAAAGCUAAGAAUAAUUUUGGUAUCUUCAAAAUUGAUGCUCUCUUUAAUUGAUGAUUUAUUAGAUUAUUCAAAAAUAAUUGCAGGUGUUUUUACAAUUAAAAAAUCCUAUUGCAAUAUUCGAAAAAUUGUGAGCCAUGUUUGCCAAUUAAUUGACCUCCAAGCUAAAUCAAAGAAUUUAAGCAUGAGCUACAGGGUUGAUCCUUCAUUGCCUUUACAAAUUUUUACAGAUCCAAUUAGACUUAGCCAAGUGAUUCUAAAUCUUCUAACUCCCCCCUCCGUGAGUGAGCAAAAAAAAUUUUGUUCACUUACAAAAGGGGUUAAUUUUUUUUAUAAAAUUUUUUUUUUCCGAAAUUUAAAAAAAUCUCAUUUCUAUAAAAAAUUGGGGAGCAAAUAUUAAUUUAAUUUAUAAAAUUUUAUACUUUAAAACGCAAUUUGUUUAAAAUUAAACAGAUUUAGCUUGAGAUAUCAUUAUACUAAUUAUCAUUUAUAUAUCAAAAAUUUUUCUAUUAAAAAUUUUUUGUUCACUCACGGAGGGUGGGUUUUUGGGCAAAAAAAUAGGGAUUUUUCUAAUGGUUUUGUUCACUCGCGGAGGGGGGGGAGUAAGCAAUGCACUUAAAUUUACAUUUAGCGGCUCAAUUGAACUGUGCUUUACAUUGGAUUCAAAGCAGAGACUAAAAUGCUCAGUUGAGGAUACAGGAAUUGGAAUCACGGAGAAAUAAAAAUAAAAUGGCUAUGCUUGAAUUGGCUUUCUCAAGAACUAUUCUAUCUAUUCAUAUAAUUAUUUUAUGGGGUCCAAUUUCCCUAGUGAAUGCUUAUCCAGUUGUAUCAGCAAAACCCAGCACAUAGGCUGGACUGUCUAAUUAUUGGGUAUUAGGAGACACAAAAUUUUAUUGCUUGGCACUUUUAGGAGGGAUACUCUUAGGCGAAUACACUCAGGAGUCAAGUGGGGUGAUACAAUGCACCCUAUGGGUGGUGCGGCAUUUAUUUAGGAUUGUUCAGACUUAUGCAAAUGUUGUGAUUUGGGAGGGCUCGGCGGCAUCACAAGCUGGAUUUAAAAGGUUUAGCUUUUACUUAGUCAUACUUUGAAUAAAGCAACAUCUUAAACAUUAAGCAUUAGUAAAUUAGGAAUCAGCGGUGAAAUUCAAAAAAAAUUAUUUACCGAAUUUGCUUCAACUUAUAUCCCUGGCAUUAACCCUCAAGGAUCAGGACUUGGCCUUUGAAUUUCAAAUUACAUAGUAAAAUCCUUACUCCUUCCAUUUUUGUACUUUAACCCUCUUAAAUUGUAAACAAUUUUUUUUUCAAUAGGAAAAAUUUAUAGGUUAACCUAAUUUAUGUGAAAAAGUACAAGUUGAUAUUAUUUAAACAUUUUUGCACUGUAUCGAUUAAUUUUUUGAAUUAAUUCUUAAAUUAAAAUUCAAAACUAUUGCACUCAAUUUAUAUUUUAUAAUUUUUAGAAAAAUUAAAUGAACACGGUUUUUUAUUCCUAUUUAAAGGAGGAGUUAGGAGGUAAAAGAAUUAAGGUUAAAUCAACAGUAGGAAAAGGCUCCAUAUUUUAUUUUUCUAUGGAGAUUUUCCAGGAAAAGCAAGAAUCAAUUUUCAGUACCACAAAUUUGCAAAUAGGCAUUGAAGAAUUAAAACCUAUAGACAUGGCAAAGUAUAAUUCUAUAAAAUCAAUGAAUAAUCCUGACAUACUAAUAGUUGAUGACGAUGAGUUUAAUAGAAUGGCGUUGAGCUCGAUUUUAGCUCAAUAUAACAUCACUUAUGAUGAAGCCUAUAAUGGAAAAGACUCAAUUAACAAGAUUUUGGAAGGCGAUAAAAGAAAUAAAAGAUACAAAGCUGUUAUUAUGGAUUGUAAUAUGCCUAUUGUUGAUGGCUAUGAAGCAUCCAGAACUCUAAAAGCGCUUUAUGAGGAAGAAAAGCUGCAAUAUAUGCCUUUUAUAAUUGGGUAUUCAGCGUAUAGCUCAGAAGAAGAUAAAAACUGCUGCUUAAAAUGUGGGAUGGUAGAUUAUCUAACAAAGCCUUGCCCUCCUGAUAUUAUAAUAGCAACUGUAAAGAAAUAUUUGUAA